UGGUCGCACUUCAGCCGGUUGAGAGUCCGCGCGAUGUUCCAGGAGGUCAAGCCGGAGGUCAAGCCGGAGGUCAAGCAGGAGAUCAGCUCCACCUCCGCCGCCGACACGGGCUGCCGCGGCGGCGGCGGCAGCGGCGGCGGCAGCAGCGGUGCCGCCUCUGCCGGAGCCGCCGCGCCCGCCGCUGCCGGCGGCGGCGGAAAGCGGCGCAAAAAGGACCCUGACGCGCCGGCGGGCAAGAAGUCAGCGUACUGUUUCUGGGCGAUUGAUCAGAGAAAGGCACCCGAGUACGCGAGCAUGUCGUUCGGCGAGCGCGAGAAACUGAUUGCCGCACGCUGGAAGACGGUUGCGGAGGGCGACAAGACGCCGUUCCACGAGCUGGCCAAGAAGGACUCGGCGCGGCACGCCGAUGAGAUCCAGCGCUACACGCCCGCGAUGGGCGGCGCGGCGCCGCCCGCCAAGGCGCCCGUCACCAAGAAGAAGGCGGCCAAGCCGAAGCGCGAGCUCGUGGUGCGGCUCGAGUCGACCAGCGGGCGCAGCUCGAUCCGGAUCGGCGCCGCUCCGCACGAGACGCUCAUCGGGCGGGCCCACAACUCCGAGCUCGCCUCCGUCAAGAACCUCUCGCGCACGCAGGCCCGCGUCGAGCUCCGGCCAAAGAAGAAGCCGGUGGUGGCGCUGCUCACGGCGCUCGGCACCAACCCGCUGUCGACGCGGAAGCCGGCCGACACGGUGGCGAGGCUGCUCUUCACGGGCGAGUGCUACCUCCUCUCAGAUGGCGCGGGAGGUGCGGUGCGGCGACGUGAUCCAGCUGCACGUCGACCCGCACACGCGCCUGCCCGGCAAAGAGGCGAGGCGCCGCCCGCCGCCACUCCACCCGCCUCGUGCGGCUACAUCGAGGACCUCGACUGA